UGAUUAUUUGAUACUUACUGCUCAUCUUCAUCAGUUCUAAUUUCCAUCUUUCUUGAAAACGGAAAAUGUCUUGCUGCGGAGGAAACUGUGGUUGCGUUUCUAGCUGUAGCUGCGGCAGCGGCUGUGGAGGAUGCAAGAUGUACCCUGACAUGGGCUACACAGAGACAACAUCCACAGAGACUCUUAUCGUUGGUGUUGCUCCCCAGAAGACACACUUUGAGGGAUCUGAGAUGGCCGUUCGUGCUGAGAAUGGCAGCAAGUGCGGAUGCAACUGCACCUAUGAUCCUUGCAAUUGUAAAUGAGAGAAAUCUUAGCCUUUGAA